AUGGCUUCUGUUAAAAGAAUCGAAACUCGCGCUCCGGCUGUGACCCAGGUUACAACUCCAUCUGCUGCAGCUUCAUCUGUUGCGGCUGCUAUACCCUCAGCUGUUGAACCAAAAGUUGACCUUGCAACCAAGGCAGAUGCCGCCGCUUCUGCGGACACGGUCACAGUCCCGGUGGAUGCCGAGCACUCCAUCACACUGCAGUGCACUCUUUGUCCCAAGAAUCCGGCCUUCUCGGAUGCCUCUCACCUCCUGACUCACAUCUCCUCCAAGGCUCACCUCCAACAGCUAUUCAACGUGGGGCUCAAAGCAAAGACCGACACCGCUGCGAAAGACAAGCUGGAGAAGUUUGAGAAGUGGUACGCUGACAAUGACAUUCAGCGUCUCCUGGCCGAGAGAAUGUCAUCCAAAAGUAAGGGAAAGGCAGCACCUCGCCGCAGUCGGGCAGCAGCUACUCCUAAGGCCAAGCCCCGGUCAGCCAGCGCCAUCGAGCAUGUCAAAAAUGAUACAGAUGGAGCGUCAGCCCAUCGCACUCCUACCCUUCUGCCUCCUCUGGCUCACUGGAACACUGCGCCAUCUGGUCGUGACAAUGCCUACUCUUCGGGGAGAGACAUGCACUACCUGAAUGGGACGCUCUACAACACCCCGACCCCGACAAUACCACGUUCUGGAAGUCACGCCGGAUACGCUGAGGAGAGUGGCAUUGCCAUGGAGAGCAAUCCUGGUAGCCGUGGUGACAAUUAUAGCGUGGCUCCUCCAUCUGAGGCCGACUCGUCUUUUGAGGCCAACAAGCUCAAGGGCAUCAUUUGGCCUGGUAUGGAUCUAUUUGAUUCUGCCACACCGGACCAAAAGAAGAAAAGAAAUCAAAGAAAGGACGACAAUGCCAUUGACGUGCUCAAAACCGCCUCGCUGAAUAUCACCCCCACUGAGCAGGUCUGGGGUCCUCAACUUGAGAUUCGCAAGGAGCGUGACCUUUACGCGAGCCCAUCGUCCAAUGAAGGCACUCCGCCCAACACACCGCCAACUCGCAAGAGGAAGUCGCGGGCUCGGAACUCUGCCCAGUCGGAUUUGACGCCACUCGGCAUGAUGAAGGUGGAGGACGGACAGGGUGGGCCGCCGUCCAAAAGACGCAACGUGCGUGCGUCUGGUAGCCGGACAACUUCCAAGGCUCGCGCAACACGACCAUUGGCCCGGGCCGCUGACAAGGCAAGGGACAAGACGACGGCUGGACCUCGGGAGACAUCAGCAGAGAUUGAGGAAGCGGUCUAUGCCUUGAGUAACCACAACCCCAAGCCGAGAAGUGCCUUUAAUGUCUACUAUGAACAGAGCCACACUCAAGGUAACUUUGUGCUCGACUAUGCGGACGACGGCGACCUCUUCGACCCACUGUUGAACAACCGUCCCGCUCUGCAGCAGCUCGAUUCGAACCUCUCUAUUACUGAUGGCUCUCCUUACUUCAAGCAUUCGACCUCCUCUAGUCAAUUCUUCAACAACGGUAGACAGUCGCCGCACUUGCCUCCAUAUCAAAGUACUCAGCCGACAGCGUACGGCAAUGGCUACCAGGGGAUGAGCAACAACACUCUCAGUUCACUCUACACCCAACCCCGGAGCGGUACUAGCAGCUUGUACCCGCCCUUUGACAGCCAGAUGUUCAGUGGAAACUCGGGCAGCACGACCGACGGCACCACUGGCACGUUUCAUGCUCCUGACAACCGGCGUGUCGGCUAUGGGGGAUUCAGCAUGGAGCCGACUGGCAGCCCUUUCGGGUACACCGACCAGCGGGAUGGUAGCCUCCGGAACACCAACUACGCGGACCUUACACUCCCGGGCCCGGACCGCCUAUUUGAGCUGUGA